AUGGCUAGGAUUAAUUCAUCCCUGAAUGAUGAAGGUGGAUAUACCUUGACUAAAGUAAAAUUGGAUCACAUAGAUGUUUGUAGUCCAGGAAAGGCAAGAUAUUUCAGAUGCUUUAACAAUGUUGAUGCUCGUGUGGCUAAAAGACUUGAAAUAAAUAAUGAGGCAAGUAUACGAGUGUCAAAAAAUCUCAAGGUUGUGGUUGUUGAGGUGGGGGCUUACGAGAAUGUACCAUUCGGGGAGAAUGAGUGUUGGAGCUACAUUGUCAAAGCACUUCAGCUUCGCCUAGAGGUUGGAGGUGUUGAAACUCUAUGUAACUAUUUCCAAGAUAUGCAAAGUAAAAAUCUAGAUUUUUACUAUCGGAUAGACGUGGACCAUGAGUUGUGGUUAAAAAAUGUGUUUUGGACAAACGCCCGAAGUAGAGUUGUGAAUGAAUCAUUCGGAGAAGUGAUUACAUUUGACACAACAUACCUAACUAAUGCGUACAAGAUUCCAUUUGCACUAUUUGUUGGUGUGAACUAUCAUGCCUACGUCAGAGACACAUUUUGGGCAGGAAUAUCAAUGACACAGCGGAGUGAAAGUAUGAAUGCAUUAUUUAAUGAUUACGUUAAUUCUAAGACAACUCUGAAACAAUUUGUUGAUCAGUACGAUUCAGCUCUAAGGAGGAAUGGUGGUAGAUAUACAUUCGUAGUUGCCGAUGUGGUUCAAGUGCAUGAUGACUUAUUAAAACAUGCAAACUACACUGUUAAGCUAGGCAAGAGUACAGUACCAUCAAAAUACAUCUUGGAUUGGCUGAGGAAGGAUGUAAAAUCAAAAUACACAUUCGUCAAAAGCAAUUAUGACACGAGUAAUAACCACGAUGCCCAGAGGUACGAUAGGAUACAAAAUUACUUCUAUGAAUUGUGUUCCAAUGCUUCAAAGGUCGAGAGCAGCACUGGAAAAUUGAUUAGCCAACUAGAGCAUUUAAAAGUAGAAUAUCCGAGCAUUGUUGAUCAUGAUACUAGCAAUACAGUUGAUCCAUCUACUACCAUGGAGGGAAUGACAGGAAAAGUUCUUAAUUCAUUAAUAGUUCGGAGUAAGGGAAGACCACCGUCUAGAAGAAAAGUGCACCCCAUCGAGAAGACGUUUAAGAAACCUAGUACGAGAAGGAGAUUGUGA